UUGUUAUUACGAGCCUGCGUAUUCUGUUGAUAUUAUCUAAAAUUCCCUAAUAUUAGCUAAACCUCUGCGUUAUUGCGCAAUAACUUAACAUUACGACGUAACGCCACGUAUAACGCGUACAAACUACGCGCGCUUUUUUUUUUAACUACCGCAGCGCUGCAGCGGCACGUAAAACCCAUAGUUUAUGCUUGAUUUGCAACAAGAAGUCUCAAGUUAGUGUUUACUUAUGGCUGAGGUAUAAUUUUUGUUUACCGCAACUGUACUAGCGUUUAACUUUCGCAAUGCGUUAACGCGAAAUCGCAAAAGCGCAGCAAAAUGCAAAGAAAAUAAAGGAAGAAAAAAAGUUUUCCUCGUCGUUGCGUUGCGCCACCUGUGGAAUGAAGGCGGAGUCUUAGCCCGAGGGUCCAGUUCAAAACAACAAAAGUACAAAAGCGCCGCGUCGAACUUCGGCCCGACAAGUUUUUUUCUUCUGCUUUCGCAAGCGAUGCGUGCCGCUUUGCGUGGCUGACAAGCGACGGACGAUGCGACGAAGGUAUCGCGAAUGACGGAGCGGCAGCUGUGAACGAACUUCUCGACGGAGACGCCGAUUCUUGUGGGACCGUCCCAUUCGGGAAUGCUGCGUUCUCGCCCGUGACAGCGGCGGCGGAAGCAGGUUUAGCCAUUGCAGCUCUCACGUUGCGAUUUUUUUGUGUAUUCUUAUCCUUUUCUCUCUCUCCCUCUCUCUCGUCAACGAGCCGAGCUCUCGUCGUCGCCAUGGUUCGGACCUCGGGGACAGCAGUACGCCUGCCGAGAGACUGCGAGUCCUGACGUCCUGCGCGCAGCGCUAGCGAGAGUGUCACCUGCACCUGACGCGCUCGAUCCGUACCGUCAUUUGAAAAGCGUGUGUGCGCGCCAACACCAAGCGGUGCGUCAAGAAACGCUAUGUCGUCGACGACCGCGGAACAGACCCGCUCGCCCCCGAGCCUGGGGUCGUCGAGCAGCGGAAGCAGCACUCCUCGACCGCUGCUCAUAUCAGACACAAAGGACUUGCGCGCCGUGAUCGGCUGUCAGAUGCUCCUCUUGCAUGCUCUCCGUAAGCGCCGAAGACGGAUGAUCCUGGACCGUCGCACGUACGCGGUGCAGAACACGAUGCUUUUGCGUCGCGUCCAGAGACGACAGUCCAGGAUCCACUUUCUCAUGAGCAUCCUGAAGACUGCCUUCUCGGCCGGCCUUGGCCGGGACCUGUGCCCGAACCGAGUGGCAAACUCUAACCACGUCUCGUCCUCGGCAGACAUCGUCGACGGUCUUUACGAGGGCGACACUGAGCUGGACGACGGGUCGCAGGACGCCAACGACCGCCUCCUGACCCCGGGACUCAUUGGCGACGACGUCUGGCUGAACACGUUCAGGGUCGGGAAGGAUCUCUACCAUUUCCUGCUCACUGAACUCAAGCCCUUCAUGACGAUGGACCAGGCAGCCAACGGUGGCCACCCGCCCUACGAACAGCGCGUCGCCAUAGCGCUCUGGCGUCUCGGCAAGGUCUGGGAUGACCCGGCAUUGCUGAGGGCCUUCGGAGUGACAGGCGACACGGUCGGCGCCAUCGUGCGGGAGUUCUGUUCAGCAGUCGUGAAGGUGCUGAUGCCCCGAUUUGUGCAGGUACCCUUUGACGAAGACCUUGAUGACAUCACUGACCAGUUUCGCGAAAAGGCUGGCCUUCCACAGUGCGCUGGCGCCCUCUGCUUUGCACACGUCCCCAUCCAGCCACCACCAGACGACGACUCUGGCGAGUACACCAACCCAGAAGGCUGGAACUCCAUCGUUGUACAAGCCGUUGUCGGCGCUGACCGCCGUUUCUGGGAUCUCAACAUCGGCUGGCCUGGCAGCACACAGGUGUCCCAGGUCUUGCGCAGCUCCAGCCUCUGGAAGAAGGGCGAGGAAGGCACACUCUUCGUCGGCCACGACGAGGACAAUCCCCAAGUGGGACGUACGCACAGGGUUCUUGCUGCGGGUGCAGGCUACCCUCUGCGCAACUGGAUCAUCACGCCGUUCCUCAACCCGGACGAACGGCAGCUCCGUUUCAACCGUGCCCUCUGUGAGGUUCUCUCGGUUGGCGAGGUGGCAUUCAGGCACCUCGAGGCGCGCUUCCCGUAUCUGCUGCGUCACAACGGCAGCGGCGUCGACCUGAUGCCGAGCAUUGUGGCCGCCUGCAGCACACUGCACAACAUGUGCGAGGAGUGGGGUGAUGGCAUUGGUGACGCGUGGCUUGCCGAGGCUUCGAGGCAUGCACUGCCACAGCCGCAUCCUGGUGCGGAUCCAGCUCGCGACAUGUCGCGGUGCCUUGAGGCAGAAGCCAUUAGGACGGCUCUAUUUGCAACCGUAGUUAAGUGAGGUUAGAGUUUCCAGUUGUCAAGCAUUCUCCUUUCGCUAUAAGAGAAGGAUCAACCAUCACUUUGCUUCAGUGCUAACCAUCUCAACCUCAACAUGGCAAAUCUGCCUUUGGCCAACUACCUCUAUCAGGCUCAGUAUUUGGUGAGGCCCUGAAGUACAGAUGGAUUUGCCCAAAACGGUUCUUUUGAAGCUUGAGUGUUACGAUGAUGUGUGCUUUUUCAAAUUGGUGCAGAGGAGGUACGCGUGACUGUACAAGGACAAACAACCUUUGGCUGGUAUGAUAUCACAGUCCAGGGGACACGUUCUGGGACAAUCACUUUUGGCGAUACUAUCGCUUUGGCCAUCAGGCACACGCUGAUUGGCUGGUUGAGCACUGCGUCAUGCAAGGGCGAUGAUAUCGCCAAAGUGAUCGUCUCAGAAUACGUUUCCAGACCUGCUGUGGCAAUUGGCCCUUUAAAAUGUCUUCCAGCAAAGCUAGAUCCAAGUGAUGGCACUUGGUAUCCUAAUGCAAAGCUGUCUAAAUGAUCAUUUGUAAGCAUAGUUCAGCGAGUUCACUUUUUUCACACUAUCUUGCACAAGGCGUACAUAUGGUUGCUGGCCAACCAAAGCUUUUUUCGUAGUUAGAUUAUUUCAUAUCCCAAUCCUGAACAAUCCAAACAAUACUGCCAUGGUACUUCAGUCAAGGUCCAGCUUAGGACUUCGACUUACAGUUCAGCUCAUUGUUUGUUCACGUGCCUACCAUUCGUACACAUGGCCUGCUCAAAACUCAGCCUCGUGUUGUCACAGUCUUCCCAAACUUUGUGAGCAAUCUGUUCAUACUGGCCUCUGUUGCAACCACUCUGUGAUGAA